CUGGACCCCCAGGCCUGACACCGCCACACUCAGCAUCAGCGCCCUUUGGGGUGACGCCAGGAUUUGUCCCAUUGCCCAGGUGCUUUGGACAGGGAGAAGACCCUAGAGUCGGGGGGACAGCGAGGGCAGUGAGCGGUGAGUUCCCGGGGUUACCAGGGCUUUCCUCUGGCUUCACCACUGCCCCAGGCACCCGGCUGAGCCCACCCCCAUGCAGAGUGGGCUGGGGGCCAGGGUGGGCUGCCUCAGCUGCCCGAGGGCCUGCGUGCUGCAGGAGGAGAGAGAGGCAAUGGGUGGGGGCACCCAGGGCUGUGCUCAGGGCUCAUCUGGGGUGCAAACCCCCCGCGGUCCCCAGGGACAUCAGCUGUGGGUCCCCUGGGGGGAAAGUGCCCACUCCCAUUUCCUCGAGCACAUUGAUGUGCCGGGAGGGUGCUUCCCAUGGUGUGUCCCUCCUUCCCCCCUGAGGGGACCCACAGGGCCAUCCCAGUGUCCCCCAGCCCUCCUGGGGUCAGGAGGGGAAAUGGGGUGCUGCUUGUUCCCCCAGCCAUGCUGGCUGUGGGUACCUGUGAGUGAGGCAUACCCAGCUCCAGAGGAACAACCAGGAUUUUCAAGCGGAUGAGCAAAAGAAGCAACCAAAAAUAAUCUGAGGGGAAGCAGUGAUGUCCGGCUCUGCCCUGCAUCUGUGGUGGACCCUCUCAGGGGACCUUCCUCCACUCAUACCAGCAACGUCCCCCGCUGCAGCCCUGCAGGAUGCCGGGACAUCUCCACCCUGGGCUGACCAUCCCAGCAACACUGCAGGAGUGGGGCUGUCAGAGCCAGGGAGGGAUUUUUCUGGAUAGGGCCACCAGCCCAGCUGCUGUGGGGAAUCCCUGCCAGGCAAAAGUGGAAAGCUGGUUCCAGGGAGGGUUUGGGGCCAGCCUGGGGCCAGGGACCCCCCAGCACUGAGAGGUCCCAGCAUCCCCAAGCAGCCCUGGCAUUGCUAAACCUUGGAGGGGUUCGGGGACUCAGAAGUGGGGCAGAGGGGUCAAACUGGAGUGAAACAGAAGUCCAGAUCCAUACUGGGAGAAGGCUGAAAGGCAAUGGUCUUCAGGGGAGCAGGGACAGAACAGACUGUCCCACAAGCGAGAAGACAUGAAGAGUGACUGUCACCUGUGAUUUCCCCAUCACGGUCAAGCACAGAGGACAUGGACAUGCCCGGCAGCACCCAGCUGAGCAACAGGAAAACCAGAGAUGUGAAAUACUUCUAAAGAAACCUGCAAGGGGUGACAUGUCUUUCCGUCCAGAGGAUGAAACCACUCACACAGGGACAGGACUGGGUGGGGGAAGAAGGGCAUGAAACUGCCUUCGGACCUUCUUGAGUGUCUCCUGCCCUGGGCAUCAUGAUUGCAGCCUUGCUGCUGACUGGGGUGGCAGGAGGGGUAGCUCCAGCAGUGAUGCUUGAGGGUAUGGGGAGGCCAGAGGGAUCUAGAGAUGCUUGAAGGACUUUGAAGGUGCUUGAGGGGCCCUGAGAUGCCCAAAGAGCUCAGAGGCUUUUGAAGGAGCCACACAAACCUGGGAGACACAGGGAUGCUGGAAGAGCCAGGUGUCUCCUGGCGGGACAUGAUGGGGGAGCCCCCCAACCCAAGAAGAGGUGGCCUUUCUGUGUAGUAUCCCUUUCUUCCAUGGGGAUGGGGAAGGGACAGGUUUGGAAUGAAGUGGAGCAGACCGAGGGGUGCUGGGCAUGUUGUACAAGGGGAUGAAUGAGGGACAGUGUCCACCUGCAUCACUGCCCAUUACCUGACAUAGUGUGGACAUGGGCCACAGUAGAGCAAUUGGGGGAGCUGAGAGGGGACCUGGGGGCAAUGGAGACACCAGGGGAUCCAGAGAUGCUGUCACCCCUUGCCCACACCAUCCUCCCACCCCACCCUGAUGCUGCUUUGUGCUCCACAGGCAAAAUGGAGUCCUACUCCUUCAGUGGGGAUUUAUCCAGCCUCCUCUUCAACUAUACCUAUGACUACAGCACGGCCAUGCCCGACACUGCAAUCUCUGCUGCCCCAUGCCGGCCUGACAGCUCGGUCCUCAACAAGUACCUAGUGGUGGUGAUCUACUGCCUCGUCUUCAUCCUCAGCGUGGUGGGCAAUGGGCUGGUGGUGCUGGUGGUGACCUCCAGUCACACUAACCGCUCUGUCACUGAUGUCUACCUGCUCAACCUGGCUGUGGCAGACCUGCUCUUCGCCCUCAGCCUGCCACUCUGGGCUGCCUACCGAGCCCAUGAGUGGAUCUUCGGCACUGUGAUGUGCAAAGCCAUCUCCAUGCUGCAGGAGGCCAACUUCUACAGCGGCAUCCUGCUGCUGGCCUGCAUCAGUGUGGACCGCUACCUGGCCAUUGUCUAUGCCACGCGGGCUGCCACCGAGAAGAGGCACUGGGUGAAGUUUGUCUGCUUGGGCAUCUGGGUCUUCUCCGUGUUGUUCUCCCUGCCCGUGCUACUCUUCCGCGAGGCUUUCCCCUCGCCCAACAAUGGCACUGUGUGCUAUGAGCGCAUCGGUGGUGAGGACACGGCCAAGUGGCGGAUCGUGCUGCGGAUCCUGCCACAGACCUUCGGCUUUGCCCUGCCCCUCCUGAUAAUGCUCUUCUGCUACGGCGUCACCAUCCACACCCUCCUGCAGACCAAAAAUGCCCAGAAGCAGCGGGCCAUGAAGGUCAUCUUUGCUGUGGUGCUGGUCUUCCUCAUCUGCUGGCUGCCCUACAACAUCACGUUGGUCCUGGGCUUCGCUCACAGCUGCAUCAACCCCAUCAUCUAUGCUUUCAUUGGACAGAAGUUUCGUAACAGCUUCCUCAAGAUUCUGGCACAGCGUGGGCUCAUCAGCAAGGAUGCUGUGGCCCGCUAUGGCCGCACCUCCUACGCCUCCACCUCUGGCAACACUUCCACCACCCUUUGAGCCCUGCUGGGACCCAACCCUUGCAGCUCUCAGCAGACCCUGGCACCCCACACACCUCAGCAUCCUCUCCCAGUCCCCUGGGAUGUAGGCCGUGGUGCCCUGGGGAUGGGCAGGGCCACCAGUGGGUUCUGGAGCCCAGCUGAAAGAGGGCUUGGGCAUUGACGGGGUAGGACCCCAUUGCCAGGGGAGCGAUGCCUAGUGCCACCCACCCUCCCCUCUCUUUGGGGUACAGCCUGUGACUUCAGGGACCCCACCACCCUGCUGUGGGGACAGUGUUCGUGGCUGAUGGCCAUCCAGCAAUAAAGCAGUUGCCAGGUGGGUCACUCA